ACAAACUUAAAAAAAUUGUUUGAUUUUUAUUGGGUUAGGAUUUAAUUUAGCAAAUGUUGAAUUUGACUUUUGCAGAUAUUUCCAAAUCCCUAUGCUCAGAGUCUGCAAUUCUGUUUAUCUUAGUGUCCGCCAGAAAUCCAAUAUCUUGACAAAAAUGAGUAUCGCCAAUCCUAUUGAGAAAUCCAUAGAAAACAAGCUGAAAAAUCAACUGGGAGUUCAGCACUUAGAAGUUAUUAACGAAUCUCACAUGCAUAACGUUCCUAAAGGUUCCGAAACACAUUUUAAAGUUGUGGUUGUUUCUGAAAAGUUCACCAAUAUUCCCUUAAUCAAGAGACACAGAAUGGUGAAUGAAAUUCUGAGUCACGAACUACAAAAUGGUGUCCAUGCUUUAUCAAUAGAAGCAAAAACACCUGCGCAGUGGCAAGAGAGCGAUAAAGUUAUAGAACCUAGUCCAAAUUGUAGAGGAGGCUUCGGAAAAUGAAUGUGAUUAUUAAGUUUUGUUUUUAAUAAAAUUUAGGCUUUGUUUGUUGUCGUGGUUUUGGGUCUAAAUUAUCCAUAUUCAAAGGUGCCAUAUCUGCAUAAUUUUGAUAUCUGUAUAGUGUAAAAUUUCAAAUCAUCAAUUAUACAAAUUGAGUAAGU